UCCAGGAGCAAUCUGCGCUGGGGAGUGGGCAAAAGCUGCAGACCCACAGGCCAACCAGGCACCGAGAGGAGAAGGAUACACAAACAUGGCGGCCGUUAUCACUGUAGCGUUGCUGAUGAUGACUCUCCCUCCGGCGAUGAGCACUGGGCUCUGGCAGUUUUCUGCAGUGUUCCCCAACAGGUCGGAGGAGAAUCACGUGACAUUGCUCCCGCUGCGGUAUGUGCCUCUGGAUGCCCUGACGCUGUGCAUGCGCCUGGCCUCCGAGGAUUUGUUCAGGGACGUCAUCCUGUUCUCCUACGCGGGGCAGGACAGCCCAAAUGAACUCCACGUCUGGCUCGAGGUGGACGGGAGAUACGCCUUCUACAUACGGGACCACGUCGCCUACUUCAAGCUCCCGCCUCUGGAUGACAUCCUGCGACACCUCUGCUUCACGUGGGAGUCGGACACUGGAGCCACCACCGUCUGGAUGGAUGGACAGCCGUCCCGGAAGAAGGUCAUGGCCCGGGGUCAGGCCGUGCGCAUUCCGGUCGUCGUCAUGAUCGGCCAGGACCAGGAUGUGGUGGGAGGCAGCUUUGAAGCUGGGCAAUCCUUCGUCGGCGUUCAAAGGGACGUCCACCUGUGGGACUACGUUCUGCCAGCCAGCAAAAUCAAAUCUGUCGCUCAGGGCACUGCCAGGCUGGGUGGAAACAUCAUCAACUGGGAUAGAGGGAAUUUUAAGGCAGAAGGGAAUGUUCAAUUUGAGCCUGUUCUUGAUUCCCUUGAGUUGGCUUCAGAGCAAUCAUGCCAUUCUUAUAUGUAA